ACAAUAAUAGUGAUGAAACACACAAAGCAACUGAAGUUAAAGAACCACACAGCAAUGUCUACUUCCAAACCCAUCUCCUCCUUCCGACUCACCUCUCUCCUCCGCUCCCAGAAAGACCCUUCCGUCGCCCUUCAACUCUUCCUCAACCCAAACCCUAACCACCCCUCCGCCCGCCCCUUCCGCCACUCCCUCCGCUCCUAUGACCUCAUUAUCACCAAACUUGCCCAAGCCAAAAUGUUCCCCCAAAUGGAACAACUCCUCAACCAACUCCACACCCAAACGCGCUUCCCUACCCCAGAACCCCUCCUCCGCCACGUCAUCGCCGCCUACGCGCGCGCCGGCCUCCCAUCGCGCGCCCUCCGCACCUUCCUCUCCAUCCCCUCCCCCUCCCUCCGCUCCUUCAACUCCCUCCUCCACGCGCUGCUCUCCUGCCGCGACUUCGCCUCAUUCACGCGCCUCCUGCCGCACCUCCCCCGCUUUCGCGGUCCCGACGCAUGCUCCUACAACAUCCUCAUCCACGCGUGUUCUCUAACCGAUGACCGCGAUCGGGCGUGGAAGCUGUUCAACGAAAUGCGCAGGCGAGGCGUUCGUCCGAAUCAAAUUACGUUCGGAACUCUAAUUAACUUGCUGUGCAAAAGCCCUCAAUUGCACCUUCCCAAGGCGUUUAAGGUGAAGGAAGAGAUGGAGAGGGUUUUUAAAAUUAAGCCUAAUGCUUUUGUGUACACUAAUUUGAUUAAAGCUGUUUGCGAGGUGGGUGAUUUUGAUUCCGCGGUUAGGCUGAAAGAUCAGAUGGUGAGGAACAGUUUGAAGCUUGAUGCUGUGGUGUACAACACUUUGGUUUCAGGGUUUUUAAAAGGGGGGAAGAAGGAUAUAGGGUUCAGGGUUUUAGAGGAAAUGAAGAGUGGUGGUGUAAAGCCGGAUUCUGUGACGUGUAAUGUGUUAAUUGGGGAGUUUUGUAGGGAGGGGAAGUUUGAAGAGGCUUAUAGGGUUUUGGAUGAUGGGUUAGAGGGUGUGAAGCCUGAUGUUUUUGGCUACAAUGUGGUUAUUGGUUGGCUGUGUAAAGAGGGGAAGUGGAGGGAGGCUGAUGAUUUGUUUCGGGACAUGCCAAGGAGACAAUGUGUUCCUGAUGUUGUGACUUACCGCACCCUGUUUGAUGGGCUUUGCCGGUGUAUGCAGUUUGAGGAAGCAGGGUUGGUUUUGGAGGAGAUGAUUUUUAAAGGCUAUGUUCCGCGUUCCUCCAGUUUGAAUGAGUUCGUUGGUAUGGUGUGCAAGGAAGGGGAUUUUGAGUUGCUAGGGAAGGUUUUUAGUGGUUUGGUAGGUGGGAGAUUUUGCUGUGAGGAUGUGUGGAAAACUUUGGUUUUAUUGGUUUGUCAGUCGGAAAAGUUGUUGGGAGACUUUGAGCCUUUUAAUGAAUUGGUGUUGGCAUGAAUUCUAUAUUGGGUUUCAGUAAAUAUGCAGUGAGAUUCUGUUAUUUCCAAAAUACGUAUUUUCAGGGAUAGCCUGAACUCUCCAAAUCCUGUCAAGCAUUGAACUAGAUCUAUAUCAGAGAGGUGAAUCUAUAGUCCACAAAGCAAAGAUGAAUAUCCAUGAAGAGUAAUUGCAAUCAAGUGCUAAAGGCUUGGAGUUUUGUUUGGACACAGCUUUUGUUGAAGGAGAUAUGCUAACUGAGGCCUUCUAAGCUCCCCCUUCCAACGAAGGGUCAUCAAGUCACCAGUUGCAUUUCUGUAGAUUCUCCAACCCUGGAGCUCUCAGUAGCAGCAGCAGCAAUUGCCUCCAGUUGCCUCCACAUUCCUUCCACACUCCAUUGUCAAGCAAUCCAGUUAAGUUUUUCUGAACCAUUUAUCUAUAUUUUUUUUAUUUUACCUCAAGGCUCAAAUGGUGUGUGCAAUAAUAUGUGCAAUAGAUGCAUAGAUGAAUAGAUCCAAUUAUAAUUUUUUAUUUAUAAUAGUGACUAUUUUAGUAACUAAUCAUUUUUAAUUUUGUAAAGUGGUAUUUGGUCACUAUAGUGACUAACUAUUUUUGGUUUCUAAAAUUGGUUUAUAAUUGAGGAUUUUCUUGUAGUGUUGAAUACACAUCACACCAAUCACAUGUAAAUAAAAAUAACAUUAUUUUCAUUAGAGUAACUUAAUUCAAUAAUAUAUGUCAAAACCCCAAAGUAAUCUAAAUUAUUCGUAUACUAACUAAAACUCCACUAUUUUGUGUUUUUAAGUACAUGUUCAAUUAUAGUCUCCCUAAUUUCCUUUGGAAGAACACCAUGAAUUGAAAGAGGGAGAAAGAAAUGUAGAAAUACAUGACAAUUCAUCCUUAUAUUUCCCCACCUUAGAUGUUUAUACAUAGAGACAUAUUGGAUGAAUAACCGUCUGGAACCUUUAAAUCAAGUAGAAAUUGACAAAAAUGCAUGUUUUUUCUAGAUAUGACAUGGUAUAACAUGCAUACGUAAAUGUGUAUUUUCCUUUUUCAAUCAUGGUCGCAUGAAGCUUUGGGUACAUAUACUCCUAUGGACAAGAUCAAAUCAUGAGUUUAUAUUAUAUUUUGCCUCUUUUUUUCAAGAUUCAUCAAUGUUCCUAUUUUAUGAGGUCUUGAUGGAGAAUCAAAGGUUAAUGAAUUCUUAGGAGCAAAUGAUGAGAUUCUAUUAAACCCAAGGGUGUACAUAAUAAAUAAAGGAUGUCCUUAGCAAAAGAGGUGCAAGCAAGAAAAUGAGGCGUGUGAAAGCAAGCAACUCAUUUGGCAUACAAAUCAGUAUUGGUGCCCAACAACCAUUGAUGGUGCCCAGCGUCCACAUUGCAGUGUUCUCUUUUUUGCUUGUUUGGGGAUGCAAGGCGCAAAUAGGAGCACACACGUUUUCCACACUUUGUCACAUGUUUCACUUGGUAUAGCUAAAUCCGUGAUCACAAACAUAAAAUUAGGGGUUUAACCUUGUUUUAGAACAAAUUAGCACAUGCAAAUUAGUAAUCCUUCUCCCUAUAAAAAAAAGGUUGCUCAUGUAUAAUUCAGAUUUGGAAUAUAUGCAAAGUCAUUCAUAAGAUAA